AUGACGACCAACGCGGAAGCAACCCUGCUGACGGAAAUUUCCGACCUCCGCUCGCGUCUCCGCGAACUGGAAGACGACACCAAGAGUUCCGUCUCGUCCGCUGUCCCCGGAAACGAAGAAUGGUCCAAUUUACUGAAGAAAGAGCUCGCUAAAGUAGAAAACGAAAAGGCUGUUCUCGAGAAAGAAUACAUGAAUCACAUGACCUCCUUAGCCGUGUCCAACCAAAAACUAGUGGACGACUUGACCGGACGUCUGAAGAAAAGCGAAGAAACGAACGAAAUUCUGGAAGAGCGGUUGUCGAACCAGGACCAGGAAAAGGAAGUACAUCGCUUGCGGAAGGUUUUGGCAGAUGAACGCGAGGCACACGGAAACGAAAUCAAACAGUUGCAGGAAAAUUUGGCACAGGCGGAUCACGAGAUUGUGGAAUCGCGACAAGAAAUGGACUAUCUUCACGAGCAGAUCAUGGAACUUGAAACAGACAAGGAUUCGCUCUUUCAAGAUUUGACCAAUGCCAAGCAGGAAAUUGAAGCGGUCCGAUUCGACCGCAACCAGGAAUUCGCCAAGAAGGAAAGGGAAAUUAAUAGAGUCGUCGAAGAACGCAAUGACGCUAUAAUUCAGCUGGACGGUCAACGCGAAGCGCUCGCAAUAGAAAAUGCGGCUCUGAAAGAGCAAGUGGUCAAAUUUACGGUUGAUCGGGCCAAUCAAAACAGUACUCCGGUGACGGCGUCCGAACGACAAUCUCUCGGGGACGAAAUUGACAGGCUUGAACAGCGUCUAGAGCUUUUGCAGGCCAAGGCAUCCGAGCAAGAAAAAACCAUCACCGGCCUUUCGGAGUCACUCACCGAUGAGCACAACAAGUACCAAUCUCUCAAGAAGCAACUGAAAACAUUGGAAGAAGCCAAAGAAAGAGACACAGGGAUCAAUAACGACAAGGCUUCUGACGACGUCAUACUUUUGCGUAAGCAGAACAGAAAGCUCAAUGACGAGGUCAUGGAAUUGCGCCGACAGACUGCUGACGGAUCUUUGUCGUCGGUCAGGCCGCAGUCGCCAGAUGUUUACCAGAAUGUGACAGUUCGGGAUCGGUCAGAUAUCCCAAAAUCUUCGAUUCCGACAGGAUCGAAUCACAGUGCACGGCCAGAUACAAGCCCGUCUACGGGUAUUUUGGCUCGCGUAGACGGUUCUUCUUCAGUCGAAUCCUCAGCUAAUGGCGGCAAGAUUUCCGGUCUUGUUGCGUCGCUUGAGCGACGCGUACACACAACAAAGUCCGGAGAAGCCAUAGUUGGUGCCGCGGAAGUGGAAGUUGGGGCGAUCGAACUAACGGAAAUGAAACGCGAGCUGGAGAAGGAAAGGAGUCUAGUCCUUUCACUAGAAAACGAACUAUAUGCAGAACGCCAAACAGUGGCAUCUUUGCGAGCCGACCUUGCAGAUGUGACCAAUACAACAGAGGCAUCAAUUGCUGGGGAGAGCAAGGAUUCGACUUUAAAAGCCAGGCUGGCCGAGAAAGAAGCUCAAAUUGAAAAUCUGCGUGUUAAAGUAGCAGACUUGGAAGAUGCCCUUCGUGAGCGAGAGACACGAUUAAAUAUGCUGAGAUCGGAGAACGAAGCAAACGACGCUGCUCGUCGUGAUGCGGAACGCCGCUGUUUGAAGGGAGAAGAUGCUGUCAGAGAUCUCAAAGCUCAGCUGGACUGUGUAUCCACCAUGAACGCCAUGGAGGAUGAGAAAAAAUCGGAACAGGAAGACCGCGAAGUUCUACGUCUUCGAUCUCAAAUUGAGGCGCUGCAGCCCGAAUUGAACCAAACAAUGACUGAAAUUGAAUCCGUUCGACACGAAAGCGAAGAGCUCAAAAAGGCACUUCACGCGGAACAACUUCGAACACUCGACCUUGAGAAAAAGCUUGAAGAAAUAGAAGACAACUGCGAGGGACCAAUGAGCAGUUCUAAGGCUCAGAAGAAGCUUGACGCCGUGAUCAACAAGCUAAAAAUACAGUUGACGGAAACGCAAAUGUCAAAGGCUGACUUGGAAAUGGAGUCGAUGAAUCGCAUUAAAGAGGUUGAAACAGAGAUGGAGGCGCUGGAAGUCGAAGCGGAAGAAGAGCUGCAAUCGCUGAACAAAGAAAUCAGUAUGCUGAAGCAAGAUCUAGCGAACAAAGAAUCCGAUAUUUCUCGUCUAGAAAAAGAAAAAUCUCAGCUUUGCUCAAACAUGAAUAAUGUUUCUUUCAAUCGCAAGGAUGAAGUAGACGAGUUACAGGGAGAGCUGAUCGAUAUGACAGCCAAGCUCGCUUCUCAAUCUCGGGAGAUUCAGACCCUGAAAAUGAAAAUCGAGGACCAUGAUACGCGCAAGGGGCUUACGGAGCAGAAGUUGCGCGAGCGAAUCCAAGAAUUAGAAGAUGAGAUCACAGACGGGCACCAAGCCCAGAGGAACCAGGUGGAUAAACAAGAACUGGAGCGAUUUCGUUCGGACAACCUGAAGUUACGGGAAUCAAUUCGGGAGGUUACAGCCGAGCGCCGAUUUCUACAGGAUAAAGUAGAGCAGAUGUCGUCCGAACGUUAUGCAUCGAAAUCGGCUCAAUCUCUUCGAGAGCGAAACAAUGAUUUGAAGAAUGAGGUCGACAAGCUUACGAAGCGCCUGAAAAAGAUGGAGAAGAGUAUAACUCGUUUUGCAGUCUAA